AUGUCAGCCAACGCCAAGAAGGACGAAGAUCGCAAUUAUGAGCUUGAAAAUGAAGUGCUCAGGAGGCGAAUACAGACCCUGGACAAGCUCCUUGAAGUGGAACUGGAGCUGCGGGAGAAGAGUGAGCGUGCAUCUGCUGGGCUUAGAAAGCAAAUAGAGGACCUCAAUGAGUUAUUCAGAGAACAAGAUAAGCUUCUCUUCUCAAGUGUCGGAAAUCUGAGUCAAAAAAUUUCAGAGGCAAAAACACAUUAUCAACAGCUCAUCCAAAACCUACAGCAGCAACUGCAGGCUGCAGAACGUGAUGUAGCUAUAGCUGAGGAGGACGUCUCAACGACACGCUCUACAAAGGAAAAGGAAUUACAGAAAGCCAAACAAAACCUCCAGCAGCUGGAAGGAGAUAUUGAGAGAAUGACUUUCCAAUUUGCCGAUCUCCUGAACGAUACGGCAGAAAAAUUGGUGGAAAGGAUCUCAAUGUCGCAGGGUAGUUGGGCAGCUGAGCAGAAGCGAAAACCUUUGGAGCUCCGCAUGCAGGAAGAAACUCCAAUGGACCUGGGUAGCUUUCCUAUACGAUCUGGGUCAGGUGUUGAGAAAUCCUAG